GAUUAUUCAUGCCUGCCUUGAAUGCGUCAUCACUCAGCGCCUGUAAGGAAAUGGCAUGCAGCCUGAACCCGCAUGAACGUGUAAACAUUUGAGUUUCCCAGGCAAGAUUCAACUCAAAUGGCACCAACAGAUCAAAAAAUGAAAAAUGAGAAGUUCACCCCGAAAGAUAGCAACUGGAAGAAGUCAAAAAGUAACGUCCAGGGUUUCAAGCAUAAGAGGAAAUGGGUCCCCGAGCAAAACGUAUACGAAGGCAGUAUUAAAGAAGGUCAGGGGUUUGCUUUAAAGAGGAAGGAAAAAGUCAAGCAUGAGUACAACAAGCUGCUGCGGAAGGAGAGGAAGAAAAACCCCGAGUCCAAAGCUCUGUACAAGGAGGAGUACCCCGAACACCUCAAGCAUCUGUACAUGGCCGAGGCCCAGAAACUGAAGAACGAAGCCUGGACCCAUCGAUUGAACAGGACUAAACUGAGAAUUAAAGAGCCACACGUGGAUGAAGAGAGCGGUGAAAGCACUAAUGGUGAUGGUGAUGAUGAUGAUGAUGCUGAUGCUGCUCCUACUGAGCCAAAUCCAGAAGCUACUGAUGGAUCCGAGCUGACGGACGCUGGCACUGGGAAUCCGGAAUCCGGUGACGCCGCAGAGAAAGAGUGUCUUCCAAUGAGCAACCGCAUGAGGAAAAAAGUGCUGAAGAAGACGUCCUACCAGAAGACAAAAGAGGAAUUUGAGGCAAUCGCGAAAAAACAGAGAGAGAAGAAAGAGGAGCAUCUGAAAAAAAGCAAGCAGAGAGAAGAAGCCAUUCAGAACUACAAAAAGAAGAAGAUGGAGACCUUUCAGAUACUGAAGAAGAAGACCAGGAAAGGACAGCCCAAUCUGAACCUCCAAAUGGAGUAUUUGCUUCAAAAGAUCACCCAAGGAACUGGGAAAUGACUUUUGAGUCAGAGCUGAUAUAAUUAUUGUGAGAAGAGUGGACCGUUACUUCUAUUCAACUCUCUGUAUUGAGUCUGUUGCAAGGAAUAGCUCAAGGACAAUUCAAAUUGUGCUUCUCAUGAAAACAUAAAUGGUAUUAUUUUAGACUCGGACCACAAGAUGGCGUCGUAAGACAAGGAGAUGCUGAUGGAACUCUUUUAUUAAUCACAAAAUGUUGUAUUUUUCUGUAAUCGCUCUUCAUUGGGCGACACAUCCCAGUUGUAUUUUAUUACCAUGAAGUCAAAUAUUCAUCACAUAAGCUGUCAUUUAGCAAGAGUAAACUAGUUUAGAAUAUAUUUAGGCAUAAACCUUUGAAAAUCCAUUUUAUCUGCAAUAUUCUGGUUUAACUUUGGUAACGCCAAGCUGCAAGGAUCCUUUCCUAAACUAAUAACACCGCUGUAAAUAAAACAAUAACAUU